AUGGAAAAUCCGGGUACCGAAGUGAUCCUUCCACCACAGGAAUAUGUGAGAAAGGAAAGAACACCGUUUCGAAUUGACGUUUCGAAUAUCCAGAACGAGUUCGGCAUUUGUGGAUGGAUUCUGACGAUUCUCUCCUAUUUACUCAUCUUUUUUACACUGCCCAUUUCGGCGUGUAUGUGCAUAAAGGUUGUGCAAGAGUACGAAAGAGCAGUCAUUUUCCGGUUGGGUCGAUUGAUGCCCGGUGGAGCGAAGGGGCCUGGUAUUUUCUUCAUAGUGCCAUGCAUUGAUACGUAUCGCAAAGUGGAUCUCAGGGUUUUAUCUUUCGAAGUCCCACCACAAGAGAUUUUGUCUAAAGAUUCGGUGACUGUGGCUGUUGACGCAGUCGUCUAUUUCCGGAUAUCAAAUGCAACGAUUUCAGUGACAAAUGUCGAGGAUGCGGCUCGAUCAACAAAACUCUUGGCGCAAACAACUCUGAGAAACAUUUUGGGUACAAAGACGCUCGCUGAAAUGCUCUCGGAUCGAGAAGCGAUCUCUCACCAAAUGCAGAAUACUCUUGACGAGGCCACCGAGCCGUGGGGAGUGAAAGUCGAACGAGUCGAAGUGAAAGACGUUCGAUUGCCCGUUCAAUUACAAAGAGCAAUGGCUGCUGAAGCUGAGGCGGCUCGAGAAGCGAGGGCUAAGGUGAUCGUGGCUGAAGGAGAGCAAAAAGCUUCACGAGCGUUGAAAGAAGCCGCUGAAGUGAUCGCCGAAUCUCCAUCAGCUCUUCAACUCCGAUAUCUGCAGACGUUGAAUAGCAUUAGUGCCGAGAAGAACUCAACUAUAAUCUUCCCAUUCCCAAUCGAUCUAUUGAGUGCUUUCCUACAAAGAGCUGCUCCAAAAGUAGAAGAAACCCCACAAGUGCACAAGAAGAUCCGGAAUUGUUGUGUCUAUAAGUAUCCGGAUUGGGUUCAAGGAUUGGCAAAACCGCAACAUCAUCAUCACUCUCCACAGCCACAAAGACCGCCACAAACCGCAACAAGCAUGCGAGAUGGUGAUCUCCACUCAACACAACCUCAACCAGGUCCAUCUUCAGGUUUGAAUGUUUUUUUU